AUGGACGAUUUCAGCUCCAUUAGCCUUCUUUCCCUGGCCAUGCUGAUUGGCUGCUACGUGUCUGGAAUCAUUCCACUUGCAAUUAAUUUUUCAGAGGUAAGCAAUUGUUCCUGUUUCAUAUCUUAUUACAUAGUCCAAAAUUUCAAGCAUGAAGCAGAUAUUUAGAGAAAAUAUAAAUUCAGCUGGCAAAAAUGCUAGCAAAUCUAUAGAUGAUUAGAAAAAAAAUAUAAUUCCUCCAUCACUUGUCGAACAAUUGACAGCGCAGAGGUGUAUGUUACCAGUUGAAGGACAUUGGAGAGCAAGAGAAAUCUCCUAGAGGAGGAUGCCCCCCCAUCACACAUUGUGAUAAUGAAAGGGUUAAAUAACCGGAUAAACACUUACCUUAUUCCAGCACUGAGGAACCUAAUAAUCAAUUCUUUUCUAUGGAGAUUUGGAAGACGCAGGAAGUCCUCAUAUGCAGUCCUCCAUGAAACUGCAGUCUUAACCAUGCAAUGUAAAUGUUGCAGUUUCUCUAAAACUGCAGGGUUAAGGUGACAGGGACACUGCAUGCAGACCACUUUAAUGAGUUGAAGGGAUCUGGGUGUCUAUAGUGUCCCUUUAAUUGUUUGACCUGCACUAGUGUAUACACAUACAGCCAUUUGACAGUUUAAGAUGACAUGAUGCACCUUAUUUGUAUUUCAUAAAGGAACAGUGUCAUUGCUUCUUCUGAUAAAAGCACAACAUGUUCUUGCCUAUAGUCUGUGCUUUAUGGCAGGUAUAACAAAGUGGGAAAUGUUGUGGCCUGGAAUCAUGUUGUACAAUGCAGAAAUAGGUGGGGGAGUAGAUAAAUGUGCAGAGGUGAUGCAUGGUCAGGACCAGAAUCACUACUUUCGUCAUUGAUAUUUCAAUAUCGGAAUCACUGCUGCCUUCCAUCUGUGGUUGACUCCAAACUUGUUUUUGAUGGUAUCAGUGAUAAGAAAACUUGUGCUAACUAGAAUUUGCUCUAAAUCAAUAGCUAAAAUAAAAAUGUACAAUAUAAAUUGUUUGGUCCAAGUGUACGUUCAGAAAAAAUCCAAUAUACACUGGAAGGGGAGUGGGGGAUAGCUGAGCCCACCCCCACCCCCUUUCAUAGGUUUUGGGUCUGUAGAUAAUCUAGAGUGUGACAACAACAAUGAGCAUGGCUUUACACAAUGAUAUUUAAAGGGACACACUAAGCUGCAAAAUUACUGCAUCUUAUUGAACUUGUUUUGUAGCCAUUGCAAAUGGUGUAAGGAGGUCCUUUUUUCCCCGUAAACAAUUUAUUAGGACUACAGCUGUAACAUUAUGGUUUAUGAAGUCCCCUGUCCCUUUCUGUUUGCACAUAGUAUAUUGUAACUGCAGCUAUACGGUUGUGGUGUAAGGUCUCUGUCUCCCUGCAGAAUGUGUAUUAUAACUGAAGAUCUAAAGUUAUGAUGUAAGGAGUAUAAUACUUUUCUCUAUUCCUAGGUAGGGCAGAAUUUAAGUUACAUUUUUAAUUAUUGGGAAGUUAGAGGAGGAGGGUAGGAGCUUUGUAUUAUUCACUCAGCCAUGGGCAGCUUGUUUUAGGUGACUGAGAUUAGCACAUUCUGUGUACUUAGAACAGAGGCAAACUUUGAAGAAAAUAGAUAUUGCCAGGCAGGAGAAGUCUAUUGUCUCACAGCCUUGGGAGUUGGUCCAAUUAAAUUUAAGGCAAAAGUAGCUAAUUUGGAAGGCUAACUGAAUUGGAUAAUGUCUCCAAUUUCAGCUAUUUUCAUCUUAAAUUUGAAAUUCACCUUGAAUUCUCCCUUUGUGUAAAACCCUGUAAGUGCUACUCUGGGAAAAAAACAUUUUCGAAAAGAAUGGCUCCACAUUAAACCCUUCCUGGUUGUAGAAAAACAAUACAUGAGACCUGUACAAGCUCACCCUAUUUAUCCAGCUACCCUAGAGGUUCAAAUUCCAUGACUUACCAUAUACUUCUGGAAGUCCCAUCCACUCUUCAUGUUAAAGGACCACUAUAGUGCCAGGAAAACAUACGCGUUUUCCUGGCUCUAUAGGGUCUCCCUCACCCAAAAGGCCCCCCUCCUGCCAGGUUCUAGGGGGAGGAAGGGGUUAAUCACUUACCUUUCUCCAGCACUGGGCUCCCUCGACGCUGGGGACUCUCCUCCUCCUUUCCCCGUCAUCUGCUGAACGCGCAUGCGUGGCACGAGCCGUGCGUGCAUUCAGCCAGUCCAUAGGAAAGCAUUCUCAAUGCUUUCCUCUGGACGCUGGUGUCUUCUCACUGUGAAAAUCACAGUGAGAAGCGCGGAAGUGCCUCUAGCGGCUGUCAAUGAGACAGCCACUAGAGGCUGGAUUAACCCAUUUGUAAACCUAGCAGUUUUCCAUUUGAAAAAGUCUUUUUUUUGACGAAACGCGUUAUGGAUAUUUUAUACUGUGUAUUAUUGUAUUAAAAGUUAAUUUGGUUAUUUGCUUGUGCCAAUUAUCCCUUUUUACACACAACUUUUUUUUAUUAUUUUUACCCUGGCUUUUUUUAAAAUUAAUUUAUUAUUUUAACCAAUUUUGGUUUUAUCAACUAAUUGGAAGAUUCCUGCACCCCAAGAAAUCCUAAGUGGGGAUUAAUCCACUUAUGCUGACAUCAUAGAGCAGUCUGCCUGCUCUCUAUUUGUAAGUACAUUUUACAGUGAGCACUAUUGGUUGUUUCUUCUUCUCGAGAAUUGGUCACCACUGACUAAGAGAUAUCCACCAUAUAUCCCAUAAGUGGGGAUUAUACCGCUGUGUGCGCUUUACCCCAGAGCUGGAUAUAAGCUCUUGUAAAUGUGAGUUUUCAAUCAUUAUCUCUUACUACGUCUAAAUUUGAGUUAAACAUAUUGCACUAUUGGUUGUCCCUCUCUUCUUUCUUUUAUAUAAGAGGACCCACUAUUUUAUUUGAAGAAUCUACCAUUGUACCAGCCUCCCAGAAAGACUAUCCGUAAGGACACACAAGUUGGACUUUUAUGUGGACUUCAUCCUUUUUAUUAUAUUUUAUGUAUCGCAGCCUUUUCUAUCUGUUCCUUUUAUCUAUCUUGUUUUAAGGGUAUUUUGAGGGAUUCCCCUUUAAGGGUUGCUGCCUACAAGUUGAUCAGCGCUGUCAUCAUCAUUGCCCUGUUGUGGUUCAAGUUACUUUGUUCCCUCUAGUGCGUUUUCUGGUUUGAUAUAUAUUUGUUAUUUGACUUUGGCUCUGCUUUGACUACUCUGUGUUCUCCUUCCCUUUGACUCUGCUUGUGAUUAUCGCUUUUCCUGUUUUCUGGAUUCCCUGACCUCGGCUCGCCCCUGACUAUUCUCUGUCCUUGCUAGUUAGGCUUGCAAUGCCGGUUCGGCAACUCUAAGAUCCGGUAUACGUUUUCUUAUUUGCGCUUUGCCAAUUGGAUCCCUGUAAAACUAGAAAGGUUUUAUAUUUGUUUUAUCAGUACCAACCAGUAAUCACCUAAAUGGGUCCUGAAGUGAUUAUUGUGAUUGACAUUGGUGUUCUUUGUGUGUACAUAUAUUUGCGGAAUAGUAAAGGGAGUAAGGUAUUUUUUUGUACUUUAUUUGAAAACAUGUUGGCUGUUAAAAAGUGCAUGUUUUUUUUUUAGACACUCAGUGUAAUUAACUUGGAUAUAUAUAUACAGCCUUGUGCUACAUAACUAACCCCUGCUUAAAGGACCACUAUAGUGCCAGGAAAACAUACUCGUUUUCCUGGCACUAUAGUGCCCUGAGGGUGCCCCCACCCUCAGGGACCCCCUCCCGCCCGGCUCUGGAAAGGGGAAAAGGGGUAAAACUUACCUUUUUCCAGCGCCGGGCGGGGAGCUCUCCUCCUCCUUCUCUCCUCCCCAUCGGCUGAAUGCGCACGCGCGGCAAGAGCUGCGCGUGCAUUCAGCCGGUCACAUAGGAAAGCAUUCAUAAUGCUUUCCUAUGGACGCUUGAGUGCUAUCACAGUGAGAAGCACGCAAGCGAAAUAGGGGAAGGCUUAACCCAUUCAUAAACAUAGCAGUUUCUCUGAAACUGCUAUGUUUAUGAAAAAAUGGGUUAACCCUAGAGGGACCUGGCACCCAGACCACUUCAUUAAGCUGAAGUGGUCUGGGUGCCUAGAGUGGUCCUUUUAAUGACAUUUGGACAAUAAUGUAUCUUCAAUAGAAAACUAUCUGUAGACCGUUUUUACAUCCAAAAUCAUUUUAUUAAAACUUAUUUUUAUCCACCCUGAGUAACAACCCACCAGAAUUACUUAAAGUAACCUAAAAAAAUACCAUAGAAUCAUUGAAAGUAGUUGCCCUUCGGUGGGUCCCCGCUCAGAUCUCAAUCUGGUUUUAGCUCAUCUUGUGCCAGGACAUAUUAGACUGAUCCCACCCAAAAGGCCAGAAUUGAUCCAAAAUGAAUGAGAGAUAUAGCCUGCCCUUCGGUGGAUCUGCACUCAAAUGUUUAGCUGGUAUAUGCACAGCCAUGUAACAUCUAAUGUCUGCUCCUACCUUGCUCCUGCCCUGAUAUAACUCAGCUGGCGUUGCUUAGGAACACGUCUACUAGCGUUAGAAUGGAGAGAUAAUUAUCACUCUUCAUAUAUUCUCUGAGCAAGCACAAGGCCCACUUGCUAUAGGUAUAGUGCUGUGAGCAGGAGAACCGCCUCUAGUAGUGUUCUCAUUCUCUCCCCUGUCACUCAGUUUUCAACCUAGACCUCUAUGUCAAGAAUUAAUUGAUUGGGAGAGACUCCAUUUUAAACUCCUUUUUUAAUUAAAACCUAUACAUUUAUGUACUUUAUUAUUGCUACCUUUAGUCCGUCGUGACAGAAUCACUUUAAACUCUGUUAUCCUUUUUUAAGUGGGACGACUACCCAUCAGCCACUGCUGUACUGGAUGAUAGAAAGAAAGAUACAAUUACUGGAAUCAUGAACAAAGUUUCCAUUGUCCAUUUAAAUCUUCCAGGCACUGAUUUUUUUUCUUCUUAGCUGUAAUUUGUGUUAAAAUGAUAGCUUUGGGUACUGAGCCAUGAAGCAGUUUUUUUUAAAUUUUUUUAUUUUUCCCGUCGUCCUUGCCAAAGGACACGUACCUGCACUUUAAGCAUAAGAAUGAAAUAGUGUGCUUUCUGAAGUAAGUCUCCUGAGAUAAUAGAAUUUUCCUCUGUCAUUUAGCAGUGUAUGGGAAGGUACACAUACAAAUCACGUCCUAAAUUUUAAGGUUCAGCAAUACCUAGGCAAGCAGAAUGGGCUGACUUUAUGUAGUUACUGUUUAAAGGGAAAUAUUGUAGGCACAACUGUUUGUUAGUGGUUAUGGUGUCAGGGCACUACUGUUCUUUCAAACCUGCAAAAUAGACUCCUUAAAUGCAAAACUUGUAGAUCUGCUUAAAAACUUGUCUAUCAAAGGGCUAGUUGUUCCACCUCUAGCUUUUAGCACACAUACCGAGCUGACGUGGAGAGAUUUGCAGUUGUUGCAUCCCAGGAGGGGAGCUUGCAAGUACAAAUUGUGUGUGUGUUAUUUAUGCUGAGUGCUUCCUUGCCCACCAAUCGUCAAGAAAGAAAGGCGCAGUCUUUAGACUUGCAGGCAUUGAUCCCUGGCAGUGGGGACAUAUCAACUUUUUGUUGGUCCUAUUUUGUCAAUUUAAGGGAUAAUGGUGCCUAGCACGUCUCAUUAAAUGUUGGUGAACUUCAUUUAUGACUUCUCCUCUCAUACUUGUGCCGCUCAGCCACUGACAGCACUGGUCAGUGAGCUGAACUGCAGUUUAGAAGACAACCGUGAAGACAGGAAAUGAUCUGUCUGCCUGUCGCUGUUCUUAUUUGGACAGCCAAAUACAACACCAAAAAACUACCAGUGUGUUAAUAUAAGUAUGAAAUAUACUUAUCUAUGAAUCAAAAUAAGCAGCCUCUCAAGGUCGUUAACCCAUAAACGACCUUUACACAAUAUAUGGAAAAAACUGCGGAGAUAUGGGAUACGGCUGAAUUUAAUCUAAAAUAAGGUACAUAAAAACAUAUAUUGUGUAAUACAGUCAGUGUGUAUAUAAUGCUCCAAAAUGGUGUACACUCACAAGAUUGAGACUUUAAAAGCGCUCAAGGGUGCCUCCCCGAUGAAAAUGGGUGGCUAGAUGUUCUCACGUCCACUCCAAUUUAUGAGAUGGAAAAUCAGGACUCCAAAGGUGAAAAUGAGGUAAGAAAUUAGAAAUGUAUUUAUAAAAAAGUGGGUAUAAACCACCAGCAGAUGGUAUAAAAAGGAAUACAGGUCCUAUGCGUUUCAUUCCACCACGGGAACUUCCUCAGGGACCAAUGAUAAUCCAGCAAUAAAAGUAACAAUGGGUCAUCUAAUUACCCCACUUUCUGAGUCACUAUAUAUAGGGAUAACCCCUAAAAUAAUUGGUGGAUCCGUGGGUGUUGUCAUCUUCCUGCCGUUCCUAUAGGUACACUCACAAUGCUUGUCCAGGUGUUUAGAUUCAAUUGGUGUCCUUCCCGCUCGCUGUUCUUAUUUGCUUUGGGAAGCUAUUCUGUGUUACACUCCUGAGUUUCCAGGAAGAACGCACCUGUAAAAAAUGACUGGGCAUGAGUAGGGAUAUGAAUGAAAUUUACCUAUGCUUUUAUGUCACCAAUUUAAAAUACAGUGUGAAUCACAAAUCUGUUUUGUCAAUUAUUAAUUUUAUUUUUAUAUACAUUAUAUAAUGCAUUUCAAUUGUCAUUUCCAUCCUGAUGUGUUCCUUUAAGUAUCCUGGGUGUUUUGGUGAUGCCUGGCGCUCAGAUUUUUGUUUACUUUUGAUAUUAGCAAUGCUGUUAAAACUAGUACCAUUUAUUUAUUUAUGUGUAGGAACGCUUAAAACUUGUGACUGUUCUCGGUGCUGGCCUUCUCUGUGGUACAGCGCUAGCUGUCAUCAUACCAGAAGGUGUUCACUCUCUCUAUGAAGAAAUACUUGAAGGUUGGUCUGAUUUCAUUGUAUUUUCUAUAUAAAUGCACAAAACUGAUGGAGAUUACAUUCGUCUUUUCCAAAAGCAAAACUAACGUUCUGUCCCAAGUGACAAUGAUUCAUUAAAAAUCAGUACAAUACAAAAAACGUACAUUAAUAAUUCAUUUCAUUGUAAAUUUUCUUAAAAUGUUGAUGCAAUCAUGUUAAAGAACAUAAGAUAGUAAAUUGAUUGUGUGAAAGGAAGAGUCCACCAUAGUUCAUGUAAAAGCGAAGUUGGAUAAAAGUAAACCAUUCACGUUGCAGAGUUCCUUCCUUGUUUCUAUUUAUCCUCUUCCAUGUUCCAAACUCCAGUGUUUACCAUUACACACAGUAUUGCACCACAAUGAAGAUUGAUAUUUGACUGUAAAUAAUUACUGUUUUCCUUUAUUUACUUUAAAGGCUUAUUCCAACCCUUUUUCUUUUGUCUUUUUUCUUUACAUUGCAGUAUAUGUUUCUCUACAGGCCAUUAGUUAAUAGGUCUCUCCCCCCCCCCCCUUUAUUACUUUAGAAAACUCUGCAAAAUAAAGUUAAACCUUCUCUAUAUACUAGGCUGCACACCACGUCCCUCUCCGUCCCAAUAAAAUACUUCUCAUAGAGCAGUAUUUGGUUGGACUGUUCUCACUAAGAGUAAAUGCGUGUGCUCUGAGUUGGGAGGGAAAGAGCAAAGGAGGGGAUUAGAAAAAAACAAAAAUGGGCAAAUGUGAAGAAAUAAAGGUGGUAGGGAAGGUAGACGCUUCUUGCAGGUGCUGCCUGCAAUAGUGGAAGCUCACAAUGUCUGUCUCCAGUGCACGCUGACCACAGAUAUAAUAUAUAUAUAUAUCUAUCUAUUAUAUAUAUUUUUUUUUUGCACACAAGUAUUGGGAAAAUGUUCCUGAACAGAGUUCCGGGCAGUCUACGUCACGGGUAUCAGGAGUGUAACUAGCCCCUAUGUCACUGCACAUACAGAUUCCUUCCUCCAUGACAGCUUCUAAAAACAGACGUGGUCAUGGACGCUGGAGUAACCCUUUAAUAUUUUAGUUUAAUUUUUAAUUUUAUAUUUAUUUGUUCCUUAUAUUAUGAAAUUCUUCAGUACUUCUAUGAAAAUUUGUGGUCUGCUCUAUUUCUUAGCAAAGCAUCAUGAGAUGGGGAGAUUCAGAAGGUAAAAGAAGUGGAAACAGGACCUGAAAUUGCCACUGCACAUGAGCAUGACCACUCUCAGUUGCAUGCUUAUAUCGGAGUCUCGUUGGUACUUGGCUUUGUCUUCAUGCUACUGGUAGAUCAGAUUGGCAGCUCUCACAUGCACUCUGCGGAUGGUAAGUAAAGAUCGGUGGGGUUUUAAGGAACCCGGGAGCUGAAUGUAAGGGGGUUUUUUUUUUGUUGUUGUUUUUUUUUUUUUUUUAACAUUUCGUUGCUGCUCUGUGUUUCAGAUCCAGAGGCAGCAAGAGCCGCCAGUUCUAAGAUCACUACGACCCUCGGUCUUGUGGUCCACGCUGCAGGUUUGUGUUUAUUUUAAUUAAUGUUGACUUUCUAAUAAAAUCAGUAUUGAGAAUAUAAGCUGCCAGAUCAGACCGCAAAGCAAAGUCUGUUUCCCCCCACUGUAAACAUGUGUAACAAUCUUUAUUAAAUAAAGUUUUAUUGUAAAACAAAAGUGGUGAAACUAUGAGAAAAAUAUAUGAGCAUAUAACAUACCACUAAAUUUACAGAAAUGCUGUUAACAUUGUAAAAAAAAAAAAGAAAAAAGUAAUGAUUAAGCACAAAGUACAUGGUACUAUGUUUAAUGAACAAGAGACAACAAUGAUAUGACCCAGGCAUGUUGGGAAUGUAACUGCAGAAGAUAGACUCUUACUGUUCCAGGGCUUUGUACCCCAAUCUAUCCCCUCAUACUCCGUAACAGACCGAUCAAGAUCGAAAACAUAGAAUCCUUCUUGUCAUUCAAAGACCUCUAAACUUAUGUUAAAGAUCUAACAGAAAGCCCUACUGUCAAAGUCUUGAAGCUAAAGGUUCCCAUCCAAACAAAUUACAAGAAAGAUUCGAAUGUCUGGGUAGAUAAAUUUUUACUGUAAAUAUCAAUGAAGGUGCUGUAACCUCAGCAUCUACCAGUGACCUCAUUUUUUUAAGAGAAAAUGUGGUAAAUGUUGGAUAUGAAAAUUUGUUUAAAAAAACCCCAGCAAUUAUUAAUGAGGUCUAAACUUGAAUACACUGCUCUGCUGUAAGGACAGACUAUCUUGUAUUACAGUAGCUCUGUCACUUUGCAGAUUUUGCUUUUGUAGUAAUCCUUUUUUUUUGUCCCCCUAUUUCUCUUUGUUUUUAAUUUUUGUAAUUCACCUUAGUUUAUUUCUAUAUAAGAAAAAGUAGGGACUACUUUUUCUCAAGGCAUGCAUGAUUUUUGGCAAUGAGCGGAACUUGAGCAAAGUUCCAUUUCAGAUGCUAAGCUAAUUUACCCACAAUCCAUCAGUUAAAAGAAUCCCACAGAAGGGCAAAGUGCAGACUUCAUGGACAGAGGAGAACAAAAUGGAGGCGUCCAAGUAUUAAGAUCCAGUGCAAGGAAAAAAAGAUAAUAAAUAUUAAAGGCAAGUGGCAAAGAAUGGAGCCUAAUCAUUAAAAUACAAGGCCCGAAAAGAGAGCUAAAAAUAAAAAAUAAAAAAAAUGUUUCCGUGCUGCUUUAGUGCCUUCUGGCUUUGGUUGCAAUUAGAAUCGGUACUGUUAAUAUCAUCUUGGUGAAAGCUCAGUUUAGACUCUGCUGACCGGUAUAAAUGACAUUUUGCAACAACCAUAACUAGGGUAAGCAGGAGAUUUGUGUUUCUGACCAGAGAGUAGGUCACAUGACCCUUUCAUACAGGACUGUGUUCAAAACAUCUGUCAACAUACAUGCAUAGCGUAAUGGUUAUAUAACAUGGGCUAAAUUUGCACAUCACCUACAAAAAUGCAGCAUGCUUACUUUCAGAGUCUGCAGAACAAGCAGAAGAAUGUGUGACUUGUAUUUUACUUGCAAGUUAACUAAUUAGAGGCUUUUUUGCACUAUUUUACUUUGCUACAUUUUGUUCUGUGUCAUUCCAUUAUAGAUUGCUGAUCUGGCUCUGUAACCAUAACAUGUACAAUGAUUUUAAUUUUUCCUUACCUUCCCCCGUGCAUGAUGGUAUCUCACAAUCCACUGUUGUGUUAGCCAGAAAAAAUAGAAUGGGGUAGUAAUUGCCAUGUUAGCAAUUCCUGACAUAGUGUCAUGUGCAUUCUAUUAGUGAUCCCUUCCUUUCUAAUCUGUUCUUUAGUCAUGUUUCAUGUGUUUUGACAUUAUCUUUAGAUAAAAUCUUUGUAUGUAUUUCUCUUUUAUUAUAGCCGACGGUGUUGCCCUGGGAGCUGCUGCUUCUACGUCUCAGACUAGUGUUCAGAUUAUUGUGUUUGUGGCCAUCAUGUUGCACAAGGUAUGAGGUCCUCAUCCCGACUACAUUCCUUAUUUCCUGUGUUUGCAUUUAAGCACAAAGGCAUGUAUGUGUAUGGCUCCAUCCUUUUUGUGUGCAGUGUUAGAUAAAUGAUAUUUUGGCAAGCCUGAGUGCAGAAUUAUGUGUUGGGUAAUGUAUACUAUGCUACAGACUUAUUCCUGCUCUGACUCUUUCCAGGCGCCGGCGGCAUUCGGUCUGGUGUCUUUCCUUAUGCAUGCUGGAUUGGAGCGGAAUCGGAUACGCAAGCAUCUCCUGGUGUUUGCCUUGGCAGCUCCUGUUCUCUCAAUGCUUACAUACCUGGGCCUAAGCAAGGUGAGGCUAGUCACGCAUUCUCAGUAACAAAUCAGAAUUCCAAGUGCUACUAGAGAGAUUUACAAUUUGCAAUUCGAAAGAUUCUAAGAGGUUGUUCCAUUAAGAUAUAAGGUGUCUGGCUGGCUGCUUUCAAUAUUAGGAUUUAAAGCAAAUGCUUGUGUUCAUUUUUAUGGGAUAAAUAGUUGAUUAUCCAAGAGCAGUCCCACUUAUCACCUAGGAUUAGGUCAUUUUACACACAGCUCAGGUUCACCAAUCAGGCCAUGAGCAUCGAUUAGCAGAACCGCUGACCACUCUUGAGCUUGGAUCUCUCUUCGUGGUUAAGAGCGAGCUCAGUCCAAGUUGUUCAUGGAGCCUCCACACUCAAUUUUGAUAAAAUUAAUAUUGUCAGCCUGGAGGUGCAGGUGCUGGCUGUCUUUUAAUUGCUGCUGCUCUAAACCACUCUCUGAGCUGAGAGGUUGCAGGGUACUCUCUACCAUCUGCUCUGCAAUAAUGCUAAAUGCUUAUUGUGCUUAGACUGAAUUUUUAAGAUACAGUCUAAUAGACUGUUUUUAAGGACAUACGAGCUUGUAAUUUAAACUCUGUGCCAUAUCUCAUUGUCUUUCUACAGAGCAGUAAAGAGGCCCUCUCUGAAGUAAAUGCCACAGGAGUCGCAAUGCUCUUCUCUGCUGGGACGUUCCUUUACGUGGCCACAGUCCACGUUCUCCCUGAGGUGGGGGGCAUGGGACACAGUCACAAACCAGAAGGUGGUGCUGCAAAGGGACUGAGUCGUUUGGAGGUGGCCGCUUUGGUUUUUGGCUGUUUAAUACCACUGGUCUUAUCGAUAGGACAUCAACACUGA